CAUAAUUAACACAACAACAUAAGGAAGAUGGACAUAGUGCAGUUAAUUUACAUUUUGGUGGUACAGAAGCGAGACAGCACCUUACUUGCUCGCAGUAAGGUCUAUUAAGCUAACAUAAUAAAUGCUGCUACAGUAAGUUGACUAAAUGCAAAAGUGCGACUCAACCCGCAACUAGACUGUUAGUGCAAGCCACGACUAGACGUGGAAUAAAAUGUUUCCUCUCAUUAGUAAAUUCAAACCGGCUUAUUUAGCACUCUCGUGGCAGCUAACGCUACAGUAGCUAACAGCUAGCUCGCUAGUUUGUAACAAUGAGCUGAGAUGCGGGCAAACGCGCCAACACCGGUCCAACUAGUCUCACAGUUUCCAUAUUUUGGGCUCUGACAAACACGGUUUCGUCAUAUGAAUUAGGAGCGCCAUCUGCCUUACCUUCUUUGUCCGCCAUCAUGUUUCUUGUUUAACCGCUAAUACUUAUACAAAAAUGCGUAUUUUAUGGGAGAGCGCUUUGAAGGCUGCACGAGCGCUUGCAAUGGCGCCAACUCCGUAGAAGACUAUCAGCCAAUUGCUGAAGAGUAAACUGAACCGGAAGUGCGACACAACUUGAGUGUGCCGCCUACCGACCGUAGUCAAACCGAGAGAGCCUGUUCUACACGACGUGCCUGAAGUUCUUUUCCGGCAAACUCUUUGAACGCUGAACGAUUUGUGGCCGAAAUGGACGACCGCAAGCUAGACCUGACGGAGGCCCAGGAAAAAACCAAAUCAAAAUACCCGCCAAUUGACAAGAAAUAUGAAUACUUGGAUCAUACAGCAGAUGUACAAAUCCACUCCUGGGGAGGAUCUUUGGAGGAAGCCUUUGAGCAAUGUGCCAUGGGAAUGUUUGGCUACAUGACAGACACGGAAACAGUUGAACCGAUUGAUACUGUUAAAGUGGAGUCAGAAGGUGAUGACAUGGAAUCUCUGCUUUUCCAUUUCCUUGAUGACUGGCUAUACAAGUUUAGUGCAGAAAUAUUCUUUAUUCCUAGGGAAGUUAAAGUUUUGCACAUAGACAGAAUGCACUUUAAGAUUCGUUCCAUCGGGUGGGGUGAAGAAUUCUCUUUGGCAAAGCAUCCACAGGGUACAGAAGUGAAAGCCAUUACAUACUCUGCAAUGCAAAUCCACGACAAGGAAAAAGCUGAGAUAUUUGCAAUUGUUGAUAUCUGAUGCCUGAAAAAUGUUCAUCACGUGUUGGUUCGUUGGGACUGCAAUACUUUUUAGCCAUAUUAAGUGGCAUUAUUUUUACGUAAGAAAUGACAGAUCUGAAUUGUAACUUAUUGUUUGCUUCUAAAUUCUGUAGCAGAUUCAUUAUUUAUCAUGAGUGCUUCAACAAAAGACAAUAAUAACUAAAUCAUGAUCUGAUUUUUUUGAAACGACUUGUCCAGGGUGUACCCCGCCUUCCGCCCGAUUGUAGCUGAGAUAGGCUCCAGCGCCCCCCGCAACCCCCAAGGGAAUAAGCGGUAGAAAAUGGAUGGAUGGAUAUUGCUAUUAAAAGGGAACUGCACACGUUUGGAAUUUUCACAAUCAUAAUGAGUGACAAGAACACACGUUUCUUUUCUUUUUUUAGGUUUCUAAAGAUGAGAAAAAUGCGGCUAAUGGGAGUCACUGUUGAAGCCUUCAAAGCCCUCUAAAAAACUUUCAAAACCCUCCAUUAACAUUUUAUAUACUGUACACACUGCAAGUCUAUAUAUAAUAUAGUAACAGACACGUUCAUAACAAUAUGUAUAAUAUGUACAAUAUUUACCGUAUUUUUGUCAUUUUAAUCAUUGCCGGAACUUCUUUCCUUAGCGCACUUAUUUCUGUUUCCAUAGCAGCACACUUCUGACUUCUGGCUACAAAUGUAUUUAUUCUAAUCAUGGUAAUAGAAGAGAAAGAUGGCUAUUUUUUGACAAAUGAGGAUUCACAACCUUAUCUAUCUGAAGCUGACUAUACGGAGGAUGAAUUGCUGCUUAUAGAAGCAGGCACGAAGGAAGGGUGAAACCGAGCAGACGGAAGCCGAGAAGAGUAUGGUCGGCGUGACUUGGUCACGGUGUUAAUUUGGAACUUGGAGCCAAGCUAUGCCGACAUAAUUAGAGUUCUUACCCAAAAUAAGCCGGAAAAAAUGUCCCUGGCCAGCUAGACCAAACAAACAACUGUCCGUCGAGUGAGCCAUUAUAAUAUUGAUCAUCACGGAGCACAUCAUGCUUGUUAUUACAACUACAGUACAUACAGUAUGCUGUCGAGCUAACUGUGUACAAACAAAACAGGAAAUGUGGGCUAAUACUUUAUAUAUCAUGCAAUAUGAUGGUUCAUGUUUUUCAGUCAGUACACAUUGUGUUCUGCAUUACAAACUCAAAAGCUAUUCAGCUGCUGGCGUAAAAGCUAGCUUACCUCUUGCCGCAGCUAGCUUAUGACUAGUAUCGUUGCAUGCUGUCCAAGCGAUGUGUGACUAUCCUACAAUAACAAUGUCCCUACAGCUUGGUUAUUAUACAGGUUGCGGAACGUAAAUUAAGUAUUGUUGGGGGUUUCUUGAUGCAUUUUUAAAGUGAUUAAGAAGUAGAAUUGAUGGCUCCCAUUAGCUGCAUUGCUAGCCACCUUGAACGAGCCGAUUAUUACCAUUUAGAAUGUAAAAACAAAAACUUUUGUCAUAACGAUUGUGACGGAUAGGCAAAAUUUUAAAAAAAACUGCAGUUCCCCUUUCAGGGAUGUGAAUUACACUAAUAAUGAAAUAAUUGUUGACUGUCUUAGGUUAACCAACUCAAACUGUUUAUUUUUUUGUACCACAAUUGUUUUUAAUAAUCUUUAAUAACUUUUAAGAUAUGGAAAUAUAUCGUUUUUGUGGUUUACACUGCUGAAAAAAUAAACAUACAUAUCUACAAAUCUGAUCUUGAUUUUUAGAGGGAGUAUUCAUAUCUGAUUUUUUUGCUUCAACAGAGGUUUUUGAGAAGUACUGAAUUGAUUUGUGACAUAAACAUGCCAUAUUAGUUAAGCAUUAAAUACAUCAAUGUAUUCUAAAUGCACAUUAAACUCCAACAAAAGUGGUCAUCAUGAUACUUUGGCAAUUCAGUAGUCCAGUAACUGUAAAUAGGCUACACCAACCCUGACAUUCUUAAAGAUACACUGACUGCUGCUGCACGCUUUAAACAUUUUAGUCAGGUGCGCAUAUUUUCCACAUAUUUAUCAUAACUAUAGUUAUCUAACUAAAGUAAUCAUCACAUUAAUCUAAUCCAAUCCAAUCCACUUUAUUUAUAUAGCACAUUUAAACAACAAAAAUGUUUCCAAAAUGCUGCACAACAAUAUUAAAAACAAUAUUCAAAUAUUAUCCUUAGCUCUACCAAUGACUGAAUAAAAACAAAAAAAUAAAUAAAUAUAAAACCAAUAUAAAAAUAAAUAUGAUUAAAAAUGAUUUUAAAGGAUAAAACCAAUUAAAACAGUAAAUAAAAAUAAAAAUGUAUAAAAAACACAGAGGACAACAGAGCACCACACAACUCACAUAGUGUUAAAAGCCAAAGAAUAAAAGUGGGUCUUAAGACAAGACUUAAAACACUCCACUGUGGGAGCAGUUUGAACAUGGAGGGGCAGAGUGUUCCAGAGCUUAGGGCCAACCACAGAGAAGGCCCUGUCUCUCCUGGAUUUAAGUCUGGUCUUGGGCACCACAAGCUGGAGCUGGCUCUCGGACCUCAGAGCGCGCGCAGGAGUGUAAAUUUGGAUGAGGUCCGAGAUAUACUGGGGUGCCAGUCCAUUUAAUGCUUUAAAAACAAACAGCAAGGUUUUAAAAUUAAUUCUAAAAUGAACAGGGAGCCAGUGCAAACUCUGAAGAAUUUGGGUUAUAUGCUUGCGUUUCCUGGCCCCUGUUAAAAGUUGUGCUGCCGCGUUCUGGACUAACUGCAACCGGGAGAGAGCUUUUUGGCUAAUGCCAGCAUAAAGUGCAUUGCAGUAGUCCAGGCGACUUGAAAUAAAAGCAUGCACGACUUGUUCAAAAAGGUUAAAAGAUAAAAAUGGUUUUACCUUUACUAAAAGACGAAGAUGAUAAAAAACACGAUUUUAAAACGCCAUUGACUUGUUUGUCAAGUUUAAAAUCGCUGUCUAUAGUGACGCCAAGGCUGGUGACUUUGGGACGCACAUGAUUUUGCAAUGGUCCCAAGUCAGUGAGGGCUGGACCAAAAACUGAAAUUUCCGUUUUCCCUCAUUCAUUAUUAAAAAAUUCUGGGCUAACCAAGCCUUGAUGUCGCAUAGACAGUUGAGAAGGGGUGUCAGGGGGCCGUGGCCUUUUGAAAUCGGCAUAUAAAUUUGGCAGUCAUCUGCAUAAAAGUGAUAAGACACUCCAUGCCUCUUAAAAAUCUCUCCAAGAGGGAGAAGGUACAGUGCAAACAGGAUCGGGCCUAGAAUAGAUCCCUGGGGGACACCACAGUAAAGCGGAGCAGAAGAAGAGGUGGCGUACUCCAGCCUGACAGAGAAGGACCUCUCUGACAGGUAGGAUCUGAACCACUCUAAUGCAGUCCCCCUGACACCCACACAGUCUCUCAGGCGGUCUAAAAGAAUUGUGUGGUCGACUGUGUCAAAGGCAGCUGUAAGAUCUAAAAGCACUAAAAUGGCAGAGCUGCCAGAAUCAGACAUUAAAAGCAAGUCAUUAAAAAUCUUUAAUAGUGCAGAUUCAGUACUAUGCAAAGCUUUGUAUCCAGACUGAAAUUGAUCUAAAGUGCUAUUUUCAUCUAAAAAAGGCUGCAGUUGCGGCACAACACAUUUCUCCAAAAAUGUUGACACAAAAGCUCAUUUGGAAACGGGCCAAUAAUUUGACAAACUUGUAGGAUCAAGACAGUUUUUUUUUUUAUCAAAGGCUCAACAACAGCUCUUUUACAUGCAUAAAUAAAUGCAUUUAAUUGAUAGGCCAAUUAGCUGUAUCACUCAAAUGGAUACAUUUAUUUGCCAUAGGAUGCAAUUAGAUUACUCAAAAAUGUUCAUAGCUACAACAUUAAAAACCUGUUUGCUAGUCUCUAAAUACAUUUUUCAACAUAAGAGCCCUAUAGACAUGAAACAACUUUUAAAUCACCUUCACACUCUCAUUCCAAUGCAGUAACACUGUCUGAGGCUUAGGCAAUCAGGAGCCGUAAUACCGAACAGCGUGAUCUGAUUGGUUUGGUCUCAUUUUGUGGCCAAUACUACUGGAGUAUUGAUAUUUUUUGUUCAUUUAGCGGUUUGUAUGGUUAAAAAAACUACAUUUAGGGCAAAGAUGUCGUAGAAUAUGCUUUAAAAAAACAAAAAUAUCUGCAAUGUGGUGAAACUGCAAUAUUUGAUGUGACGUGGUGACGACUGUAUGGCGUAAAAAAAAAUUUUUUAUGGAAUGCAAUAUGUGUGCUAGAUGUCUGUAUAUAGUGUCUUACUUAUUUGUUUUGAUGUUUCUACUUUUAUUGUACUACUCCUCCUUUUUUACUUUCUGUCCUGGCUAUACUGUAGACCAGAGGUGUCAAACUGGUUUUCACGGAGGGCCAUGUGGCCCUGGGCCACAUCACAGUUAUCAAUCAAUAAAUAAAUCAAUCAAAGUUUACUUGUAUAGCUCUUAAUCAGAAAUGUCUCAAAGGGCUGCACAAGCCACAAUGACAUCCUCGGCUCAGAUUCCACAUCAGGGCAAGGAAAAACUCAACCCAAUGGGAACAACGAGAAACCCUGUAAACCAGGGAUCGCAGAUGUGGGGACCCCGCCCCCCAAGUGACCAGUGCAACGGAUGCCGAGUGGAUAGUUAAUAAUGUAAGAGUCCAGUCCAUAGUGGGGCCAGCGGGGGAUCCUCUUGCAUGGAGACACGCAGAGACGUCACCGACUGAUGCAUUUUUUUUAACCGUAAAAUCUUUUGUUAUUUUUAAAAUAUACAAUAUAAUUGAUAAUUUGCUUUGAAAUCAUAGGUCAAAUCAGAUAUUUAUUUUUAUUUUAACUGCAAAAUAUGUAAUGUAUGACAACAUACUAUUUGUUACAUUAGAAAACACGAAACUAAUGUUGUUCAUUAUUAAAUAGCAUUGAAUAAAAAUAUAUGCAAUUGCAUGAAGUACAUUUCAGUAAAAACGAAAAGAACAAAUACAUUUAGUCAGAGAAGAUAAACUACUUCAUUGAUGCCUUUUUUAGUCUUUUCGCGGGCCACGUUAAAAUACGUUUAAGACUGUUCAUACUGUAGUGGAGUAAAUACAUGUAAUCAAUCUAUCGUAUCAAAUAUUCGCUAAGUCCAUCCAUCCAUCCAUUUCCUACCGCUUAAUCAAGUCAUCCGAGCAAAACAUCCACAUCUUAGCUUUCUUAAUUUUAGGU